UUUUACAUCAAACCAAUAUCAAAUAAUGGUUAAGUUCAUAUCAACUACUCUUUUAGCUCUAGUUGCUAGUGUAUGUGCACAUGGAUCUCAUAACGAGAUAAAAACAAAGCCAGAGGGACUUUCAUGGCAAAAAUGGCAUAUGUUGGAGGAACAUCAAUUAGAACAAUAUGAUGCAACUACAUUUUUCAAGCUCCAUGAUUUAGCCAAUACUGGAGAAUGGGGUUCAAGAGAAAUCUUAAACUUGUACGGGUUGAUGAGAGAAACCAUAGUUGGAGAUGGGUCUGGAAUGGGGACUCAUGAUCAUGGACAAGAAGUGAUCACUCAAGAUGCUAAAGAUAUAGUCGUUGCUACCAUUUUAGAAUUGAUUGAUGAAAAUAAAGAUGGUAAAGUUUCAUUAGAAGAAUACCGGAAUUUCAUUGAAAGAGGUGGUGAUCUCCCUGAUUUUAACUAUGGACAAGGACAUCAUUUAGAUUUUGAAGCUGAAUAUGAAGAACAUCAUUGGAAUAAAUACCAUAAGGAUCAAGAUCCAGACGUGGAAAUCAAACAUAAAGAAGACAUUGAACAUGAACUUUUACAUCAUGAACAUGAAAUAGAAGAAUCUCAUAAUAAUGCACCACAGAUCAGAGAAGUUACUAAAAAUUAUCUCUCCAACAUUAACCUUGAAAACGUUCCUAGCAAAUAUAGAAGAAAUAAGUAAACAAAAUUAAUAGGAAAUCUUUUACAUCAACCUGCUCUCUACACUUAUUCUAAUAAUGGAUAUCGUGACCAAUUCUCUAU